UCUUAUUUGACAAAUAAUCACGAAAAAAUGUUUAUUGAAGUUUCUAAAAAAUAAUUUAUCGCAUUUUUUUUUUUGGAAAAAAGAAAAUUUUUUCCAAAAUGCAAAAUAUAGUAACUUUUGCAAUAUUUGCAACAAUUAUUUCUCUAUCAUAUUCUAAUAAUUCUCCAAUCACAGAUUGUAAAAAAUGUAAUCAUUUUGAUCAAUUAUUAAAUAAUCUGGCACAUUUGGAUGUAAAAUUAAAAAUAGACUCAUUUGAGGCUUUAAAUAUUCCUGAGUUAUUGAAAGAAUGUGCUUCGUGCAAAAAAAGUUUUACAACGGAUUUGUAUUUAAAUAAUGUAACUGGAAAUAUUUGUCCUGGAAUGAUUAGAAAAUGUGACGAUCACGCCAAAUGUAUACCAAUUGUAGCUAAUCAAUAUUUAUGCAGGUGCACAGUUGGAUAUGCUGGAAAUGGAUGGAAAUGUGGAUUAGAUACUGAUAACGAUGGCUAUCCAGAUGAGGCAUUAAAAUGUUGUUCAUCAGAAUGUAGAGCUGAUAAUUGUCCAAAAAUUGCAAACAGCGGACAGGAAGACGCCGAUGGCGAUGGAAUUGGCGAUGCAUGCGAUCCAGAUGCCGAUAAUGAUGGAAUAGAAAAUUCUGUCGAUAAUUGUUGGCUAAUUAAAAAUCCCGAUCAAAAAGAUGAGGAUAAAGAUAAAAUUGGUGAUGUUUGCGAUAAUUGUCCAUUAAUACCAAAUCCCUAUCAGGAAGAUAUCGAUUCAGAUGGCAUUGGUGAUGUCUGCGAUGAUGACAUGGAUGGCGAUGAAAUUUUAAAUCCUGUGGAUAAUUGUCCAAAAGUGAGUAAUAAGGAUCAAAAAGAUACGGAUGGCGAUGGAGUGGGUGAUGUAUGCGAUAAUUGUCCCAAUGAUAAAAAUCCUAAUCAAGAAGAUAAGGAUGAUAAUGGAGUUGGCGAUAUUUGUGAAACUGGAAUCGAUACUGAUUUAGAUGGAGUUCAGGAUAAAAAUGAUAAUUGUCCUAAAAUAGCGAAUGCCAAUCAAAAAGACACUGAUAAAGAUGGUGUAGGCGAUGAAUGCGAUGAUGAUAUUGAUGGCGAUGGAAUACCAAAUAAUGUUGAUAAUUGUAUAUUUGUUUAUAAUCCCGAUCAAACAGCAACACAUGCAAACACUGAAAUUGGAGACGCAUGUUGGAACGAUAAUGAUAAUGAUCAUGUUAUCAAUAGCAUGGAUAAUUGUCCCAAUAAUAGUGAUAUUUGGGUAACCGAUCUCAGGGCAAUUAAAACUAUCGAUUUAGAUCCAACAGUUGGUUCUGGACAAGAAAAUCCCCAUUGGGAAUUUAAAAAUGAAGGAAAAGAAAUUCAUCAAACACUUAAUAGUAAUCCUGGAAUUGGAGUUGGAGACGUGAGUUUUGGCGGUAUCGAUUAUGAUGGGACAUUUUUCAUAAAUAAUGCAAAGGGCGAUGAUGAUUUUGUUGGUUUUAUAUUUUCCUAUCAGAGUAAUAAAAAAUUUUACGUUGUCAUGUGGAAAAAAGGACAACAAGACUAUUGGAUGGCAUCGCCAUUUGUUGCACAUGGCGAUCCUGGGAUACAAAUAAAAUUAGUUAAUUCAAUAACGGGACCUGGUCCAAUGUUGAGAAAUAGUUUAUGGAAUACAAAUGGUCAUGUGAAUGAAGUAAAAUUAUUAUGGCAUGAUCCAAAAAAAACACCAUGGCAAGAAUAUGUUUCAUAUCGUUGGAAUUUAAUUCAUCGUCCUUCAAUUGGAUUAAUAAGAUUGAAACUUUAUAAUGGAAUUGAAUUAAUUGCCGAUUCACAAAAUAUUUAUGAUAAUACAUUAAAGGGAGGAAAACUUGGUGUCUAUUGUUUUUCACAGGAAAAUAUUGUUUGGUCCAAUAUUCAAUAUAAAUGUCGAGACAGUGUCUCGGAUGAGAUUUAUCGUGAUUUGGAUCCAAAACUGCAGAAAUUAAUUUCAAAAGACGAAUUUUAACAAUUAGAAAAAUCGGCGAAAAUUGUAAUUAAUAAAAUAAUUUGAAAAAAAAAAUACCAAUUAAAUACUAAAUAUUGGAAAAAAAGAGCAGAAUAAUUAUGAAAUUAAAAAAAUUUGUUGAAAGAAGAA